AUGGCUGAGCGGUUGUGGGCGGAGUGUGUGUCCCAGCUGAUGGCCGAUGGUCAGUGUGUGGACGUUGCCGUGGUGAGGUUGCGGAGUGGGGCGGUGCUGGCCGCAGCUGAGGGCGGAGUGUUCCGGCACGUGAGCCGCCGUGAACUGCGCCACCUGCUGGCUGCUGACCGCCGGCGCCUGCGCACCAGAGGCCUGAGUCUGGGCGGCGUCCCGCUGCUGCUGCUGAGAGACCAGCUGCUGGGUGACAUGGACCACAACGGGCACGGCGACGACAACGGGCACGGUGUGGAUAACGGCGUGGAUAACGGGCACGGCGUGGAUAACGGCGUGGAUAACGGGCACGGUGUGGAUAACGGGCACGGCGGAGGUGCCCUCCACAGCAUGGACCUGCGCACCAAACAGCGCCCCAGUCAGGGCGUCGCCGUGUGUCGCACCCACAACCACCUCCUGCUGCUCAUGGGCCGCACUGGAGCGGGCAGCGGCGCCCUCAACCACCGGGCACAGCAGAUGGCAGCGUGCCUCCGCAACACGGGCGCUUAG